AUGCCCGGUCUGGCUCUAGCAGCUCCCCAGAGACAAGACAGCGGCCUGUCUUGCAAAUGCUACAAAGGAGAUGACUGCUGGCCGUCGCCCUCCGACUGGGAGUCUUUGAACCGCACUGUUGGCGGAACGUUGCGUAAAGUUAUCCCUCCCGCAGCGUCUUGCUACAACGAGUUUGAGGGCAUGAAGACCUACGACCGUGAGGCGUGCGAUGCAGCCACAGAGGGUUUCCUCUCUGGAGAGUGGACGAUUGAGUCUGGCGUUGCCCCGAUAGGGCCUUAUCCAACCAACAAAACCUGCCUGCCGACAACUAACCCCGGGGACAUUUGCUUAAUCGGCUACCUGCCAGAGUAUGUAAUCAUGGCCGAGACUUUGGACCAUAUCAAGACUGGGGUUGACUUUUCACGCGACCGCAAUCUUCGACUUGUCGUCCGCAACACUGGCCAUGAUUUCAUGGGCCGCUCAGUUGGCGCUGGCGCCUUGGCCAUAAACACACACUCGUUCAAAGGGGCAGAGUUCAUUGACAAAUAUGAUGGGCCUGGAGAUUAUACUGGAGGGGCCGUCACCGUAGCAGCUGGAAUACAGGGCAUAGAAGUAUACACUCAGGCCAAUCAGCAGAACCCCCCUGUUGAGGUCGUUGGCGGCUUCUGCGGAACUGUCGGUUUCGCUGGUGGCUACAUUCAGGGGGGUGGCCACGGGCCCCUAUCUACCACCCACGGAAUGGCUGCUGAUCAUGUCCUCUCUGUUGAUCUGAUCACAGCGAGUGGUGAAUAUGUUACUGCGAAUGCUGAGAAAAAUCCCGACUUGUUCUGGGCCUUGAAGGGCGGUGGUCCUAGCACGUUUGGCAUUGUGACUUCGAUCACAGUCAAGACGUUUCCUGAACAAAAGUCGGCGGGCACGGUUCUCAGCAUCAAUUCGACACAUACCAACGACACGGAGCUUUUCUGGAGAGCGGUUGAUGCUUUCCACGGUCUGGCAAAUUAUUACGUGGACAACGGCAUGUUUGCAUACUACGAGCUGAGCGAGCUUAAUCUACACAUCCAACCCCUCAUGGCGCCACGCAUGACAGCUGCUGAGCUGGACAGGGCCCUGGAGCCCCUGUUUGAAAAGCUCGACAAGCUGAACGUUCCAUACACUACUUAUACGAAGGAAUACGAUUCGUUUUUCAACCUCUACAAAGACCUGCUCUAUGGUACAGACACCGGAGGGGCCAACUUUGUCAUGGGCGGACGCUUUUUUAACCGACAAGACAUCGAAGAGAACCAUGACGAGCUCAUAAAGGCUUUCAGGACAGCCACCACUAUCCCGGGAUGGGAGGAGCCCGGCAUACUCUUUGGGCACAUUGUCGGGCCGGGCAUUGGCAACCCUAACCCUGAUAACGCCAUCCAUCCAGGUUGGCGCAACGCCUCGAGCUUCAGUAUUUCGUCUGCUUUCCUCCCGCUGAGUGCAUCAAAAGAGCUCAUGGAAGCCGGGAGAAACACGAUUACGAACAUUGUCGACGCAGCUCUGAUAAAGGCCUCCCCGCGCGGUGGUUCCUAUGUGAACGAGGGCGACAUUGAACAGCCGGCGUGGCAGUCUGCUUACUGGGGGGACAAUUAUCCAAGGCUCCUUGAGGUUCGAAAGAAGUGGGAUCCCGAGGGCCUUUUCUAUGCCAAGGCGACGGUCGGAACCGAAGAUUGGGUCGAAGUUGGUGAUCCUCCAAGACUAUGCAAGAAGACCGCCUAA